GAGUCGGUAUAAAGCAGAAAGCGGGUGUAAGAGAGAAAGAGAGAGAAGGGGCAUGAAAACGAGCGAGAUACCCAAAUCGCAGGGUCCGGUUCAGCUCGAUUAGGAAACACAACUGCAGAGGCCCAUCAGAUAAGGCGGCCUGCCGCUGUAUUCAAAGAACGUCAUCCUUGGGCGGAAAAUUGGGAAGGCAACUUACAAAACAUAAGCAAAGAUGAGACAUCUGAUGGUCUUAUCGACCUUUCUUCAGCUAGCCGGCGUCCUAGGAGCCGCUGAGAAGCUGCCGAGGCUGAAAUUCACCGUUAAAGACGCUGUCGGGUUUCACUUCCCCGACCCGGAGACUCACACCACGUUCUUUCACGAGCUGGGGACCGGCUCACUCUACGUGGGCGGGAGAGGCCUGCUCUACGUCCUGCAGUUCACGGAGUCCGAUGUGAAAACAACACAGAUUCCAGUGACUGUAAAUGAAAAAGCAAAGAUGACCUGUCUCUCCAAGCUGAAUGUACCGCAGUCAGAGUGUGAGAACUUCAUCACAGUGAUUCACAAAGUAAACAGCAGCCUCCUGAUCUGUGGGACAAACGCCGGCGCCCCCAAGUGUUGGUUAUUGGUCAAUGGGACAGAACUGACUGACAGUACCGCCAGCGGCCUGCAGGUGGUGCCAGCUGACAUCUCACCACCCUUCCCCUCGCAGCGCGUAGUCUCUCUCUCUGCAGAGGGCAGUCUCUACUCUGCUUUGUCUGCGGCGGGAUCGUUCAAUGGCUCACUCCGCAGGACCUACAGCCACAGGAAGUUGCUCAAGAACGAAGACAAGUGGCUGCAGAAUCCGCAGUUUGCCGGGUCUGCCCUGGUCCCAGGCAAUGAGAAACACAAGGAAGAGGCUUACUUCUUCUUCAGUGAGCUCAACAAGACAGCCAGCGUGGACGAAGAGCCUCACCGUGCGAGAAUAGGACGAGUCUGCAUGGUGGAUGAAGGAGGAGUCAGGAAUGCGCUCCCGGAUUCUUGGACCACGUUCCUGAAGGCGCGGGUGAUGUGCGGGGUCCCCUCCAAGCCCCAGCAGUUCAAUCAGCUCCGAGAGGCGUACGCGUUGACGGGCGAGAGGGGCGCUGCAGGAUUGCUCUACGGCAUCUUCUCAAACGCAUGGAACACCACUGUGGUCUGUGUCUACUCCAUCGGGGAAGUCAAUCAGGUCUUUCAGACCUCCAAACUGAAGGGCUAUAGCAACACUCUGCCAGCACAGCGACCUGGAACGUGCCUUUUUAAGAACACAACCAGCAGUCUGCCGUGGAAAAUCUUAGGGGUCAUUCGGGACCACCCAGAAAUGGAGGACCUGAUCUAUCCGCUGGGUCAACGGCCGCUGGACCUGCCGACCACUGACCGCUACACCAGGACCGUGGCCUCCAGCGUGCAAGGGGUUAACGAGGAGGUCUACAGCGUGCUGUACCUGGGCACAGACUCGGGGAAGGUGCUGAAGGUGCUGCACAGCAGCGAGGAGGCCUUCAUCAUCUCUCAGUACAGACUCUUCAGAGACGAGGCUGCUGUCACUGCCAUGGCUAUCGAUGACAGCACGGGCCACCUCUAUGUCGGAACCUCUCUGGAAGUGCGAAGGAUCCCGUUGGCUGACUGUGGUCGCUACGGCGACACCUGCAGGGGGUGUGUCCUCUCGCGUGACCCCUACUGCGGAUGGGAUUUGACCAAUCAGAAGUGUUCCCCCAUCCCGCGGGGAUACAACACCAGUGAUGGUGAUUUUCUCCAGAAUCUGGACUAUUCCAACGCCUCCAUCUGUGGAAAUGCUGCAGACCUCCAGCCCCAGAGAACCAGCCCCAGAGAAGUGAUCCUGGAUUCGGACAGCCCGAUCCUGCUUCCCUGCCCCGUGCGCUCCCAUCACGCGGUCUACACCUGGGAGAAAGACAACUGCAUCAAGAGCUACACCUGUCCCGUCACGGGAGAGUCCUGCCUCCUCGUCUCCACCGAAGACCUCCCCAUGGACCCGGGCGUCUUCCGCUGCUCCGCGCUGGAGGACGGCUUCAGGGAGGAGAUCGUGUCUUACAGGCUGGUCUUUAACAGCGCCCCCCUGUGGGCACCGUCUGCAGCACUGGCCGCGCUCUGUACAGCUUUGGGCUCUGCGCUAAUGUGGGUGUAAUACAGGGAUCGGAAUAAGACUCCUGUUGCAUAGCAGUUAGAUCCGUUCCUGGUUUUAUUAGGGGUUUAAUGAGACAGCCUGAGCUUGUUGCUAAGCUAAUUAUAUAUAUAUAUAUAUAUAUAUAUAUAUAUAUAUAUAUAUAUAUAUAUAUAUAUAUAUAUAUAUAUAUAUAUAUAUAGACACACACACACACAGCAGUGUGCACGUGUAUCAGAACACCCCAUUGCUUCUGUAAUUUUGAUUUGAUGUGUGUCUGAAAUCAAACCACUGGUACUGAAAAUCUUGGAAAAAUUGUCCAAACAGGCAAAUUAGCGACUGUCUAAUUGAAUUGAUGACUUUAAUAGGCAAUUCAUUUAAAACAGUAAAGAGAAAAGGAACACAGAGCCACACACGGUAAAACGCAGGAGACUUUUUAGAAGUGGUUUAAGACGCCUGAUUAAAGCACAGAGCGGUCCGACAUUUUCACACAGGAGUGUGUUUCUAUAUCCCUGAUUACUGAGCGGAGAUUGAAAUUCUCACACCCUGAGGUGUUUUCAUGCAGGCGGGUGUAUAGAG